AUGCUGGAGAAAAUGUCCAGACGAAACCGCACCCUGCUUUCUCUGGGUCUCACCUCGUUGGCCCUGACCAUGUCGGUGUCGGCUUUCUGCACCUCGUACUGGUGUGAAGGGACUCAUAAAGUGGUGAAACCAAUCUGCCUGUCACCCGUCAAGUUGAAGAACUGUGGGAAGAACAACAGCCAGCCGUAUACAACAGAGGCUCCCACCGUGGACCCUAGUAGCCCUGUGUCCAACGUGACGCUCUCUCCAAAGCAGAAAGAGGAACUGGCUCUCCUGAGGAAAAAGCAGUUGGCCAACGCCGUGCAGUAUCUCUGGGAAACAGGGGAGGAUAAAUACAUGCUGAGAUACUUUCAUACAGGCUUCUGGCUUUCCUGUGAAAAACACAAUGAAGGAGACGAUCAGGAGGAAAAGUGUCGCAGCUUCAUUGAACUGACCCCAGGGGAGACACAAGGUGUGCUGUGGCUGGCUGUUAUAAGUGAGUUUAUGUACAUCGGCCUCCUGGCAAUGGGUUUCCUCCUCAUGUGUGUAGAAGCCAUGUGCCUCUGUGCCAAGAAGGAGAUGAGCUCCCUUAAGGUCAACGCCUACGCUGCUAUGUGCACCGUCCUUUCUGGCCUGAUGGGGAUGGUCGCCCACAUGAUGUACACCACAGUUUUUCAGAUGACAGUGAGCAUUGGACCAAAAGACUGGAGGCCACAGUCUUGGGACUAUGGAUGGUCUUUUGCGUUAGCAUGGCUUUCCUUCAGCUGCUGCAUGGCCGCCGCUGUUGCAACACUCAACUCCUACACUAAGACCAUUAUUGAGAUGAAGCACAGAGCCAGGCUGAGAUUGGAGGAGGCCCGAGCUGCUACCAUCGCCCCCCCCUAUGAGGAGGUUGUCCGAGCAGGAGGAGGCAGCCUUUACUCAGUCAGCCAGUUGGUUCAGCUUGGGCAGCAGGGCGCCCUUAUGGAUCCACUGUGGCCAAGAGGAGUGGGACCGGCAGUCGGACCUUUGGCAUGCAGUGCUGGUGGAGCCUUGCUGGUUGGAGCUGGAGUCGGAGGCAUUGGGAUGGGUAUGGGAGGAGCUGGACCUGGAGGAAUACCAGCUAUGGGGGGAGUUGUUGGAGUUGGUGUUGAAGCGGGUGGAGUUGGGAUGGGAAGGGGCAGCAGUGGUGGGACAAUGGGAACAAUGGCAGGAGCCAAAAUGGGAACAGGAAGAAUGAUGAACACUCACGGAGUUGUAGUUGUGGGGGGAUGCACGACUGAAGGAUGUACAGAGUGUGAACGAGAGAUGGAUGAGAUAGACUACACUCUGCGGGAGGGCAGAGAGGACUCACUUUGCUAGGACUUACAAAGGAUAAAGACUAGCAAACCAUACAUGACUUGAAAAAUCACCUUAUCAUUUAUUUGUACAUAAA